AUUACUCUCUACUGAUUGUCUUCUGCAUCUUUUUUAUUAUUAUUAUUAUUUUUGUUAUUAUUAUUAUUUUGCAGUUGGACUGUUUAAGUUGCAUUUCCUGAUUUUGCAUAAUCCUCCAAAUUGUUGUUUUGUUUGUUUUUUUUCUCAAACAAAACAUCAAGGAAGACUGCAUUAUGGAAAGUCUGUAUAUGCUGAAUAUACAGAGACUGUUAGAAGCAGCUGAAUAUUUAGAGAGAAAGCAAAAAGAGUGUGAACACGGAUACGCCUCGGCCUACCCCUCUCCAGAGAGCUCAGACUCACAGAGAAUAAAACAACGAAGGAUAAAGGCAAAGAGAUGUAGCAACGGACUUAGCAGUAACAGAUCAACUCACAACGAGCUGGAAAAAAAUCGGAGAGCGAAUUUACGGCUGUGUCUAGAACGUUUAAAAAGUCUUAUACCUCUGGAAGCAGACAGCACACGGCACACAACCUUAGGGUUGCUCAAUAAAGCCAAGUCACAUAUUAAGAAACUAGAAGAUUCGGCACGUCGGGGUCAGCACCAGCUGGAAGUUCUAGAGAGAGAGCAAAGGUUCCUGAAGAGGAGACUUGAACAGCUCCAGGGUUGCUCUGACACAGAGAGAAUACGAACAGACAGCGUUGGGUCAAACUCCUCCUCGAACAGAUCAGACUCUGAGCGAGAGGAGAUUGAGGUGGAUGUGGAAAGCACAGAAUUCUCCCCCUUGGAAGUGGAUAGCACCAGUACAACCAGCAUUAGUGACCUGGAUGACCACAGCAGUAUGCAGAGUUUGGGCAGUGAUGAGGGCUACUCCAGUGCCAGUAUCAAGUUAACCUUCAACGCAUAGGGUGCAUUGCUGGCAACUACAUGUCCAGGAAAACAACACAGUGGGUUUGACUUGGUUACCAGUAAGGGUCCUUUAAUACUUGACAGCUGAGGAUGGGAUCAGCCUUCCUGCUGGUUGGGUUAAAAUUGGGGAUUUUUCUAUGUUUCCAGGAUAAAAUUCUUUGAGACUCUGCAUUAAUCUAAAAUGAGUAUGCACAGGACAAUCCCUGAAGAUAACCCACUCAUGCAAUAUUGGAUGUUUACAAGACCAUGUAGGUUUCUCAGUCGUCUUUGGCGCUAUUGGAAGUUCAGAAGCAAAAGGAUAUCUAUGGUUACCUAAUUCCAGAAGAUUUUGUUAUAACUUCAUUGAAGUGUUUCUAUAUUUCCCCGGCAGCUGAUGUUGACUUCUGACUAGUGUUGCCAUAAAAAUAUCACCAGUAAGGUAGAUAUCUGAGCACUGAGUUAUUAUAUUCACUAACUUCCAUUUUUGUGAUCUUCUAGUUCAUCACAAGGGCCUCUUUAGAUAACUUGGUGUUGAUCCUGGAUAUGCAGACCAGCAAUAAGACAGGGCAGUGUAUCUGUCUCAACCACUGCUUGGAAAUCUUUUUGAAGAUCACUCCAUCCAAAAAAAAAAAAAAAGCCUGCAUUCCAAUAAGCAGCUGUAGUUUUUUUGUGUCAAAGUGGCAGACUUCAGACCCUCAUUUCCUGUUUCUGAUCCUUAUCCAGCAUCUUGAAAAGACUUUAUACAAAAGACCUUAACCCUUUUAUAGACAGAGGUACAAGAAACACAUUGCUGAGCAAUUUAUUGCUGACCCCUCUCAAGCACAAAAGGGUUAAGGCAACAAGUCAUUAGCGCUGUGCGUGAAGUGCACCUAAUUGUUUACUGUACCUGAAGAUGUUUUAUGAAUAUGCUACAUUCAUGGUCACAACCAAAUGGAAUAUCUGAUUCUUCCAAUACAUAGAAAAUAACCUCCAAAGAGGUCAACUGAUUUUCUACUACUAAGACCUAUAACAUUUUCCAUUGCAAAAAAAAUAAAAAUCAGUUGACUAUUUUUACAGCUUCUCUGCAAUCAAAUGAUUAAAUCCUAUAACGAAAAUAACUUUUUUUUUACAUAAAAAUUCUUAAUGUAGGAAUUGUAAAGAUGUAAAUGAACAGGAACAUGCAGAUUGUCUUACAUUGUGUAGUGUUGCUAAAUGAUUUUGUACUUUGCAAAGCUGUUUUUAAUAUUUUAAGUUAUUGGCUGCAGACUAAUUUCCAAUUCCCAUAAGAAUUUAACACAGCACAGCUCUUAAGACAGAGACACUCAGUGAAACUGUCUUUACUGUUAGAGGAGUAAACUUAACCCCUUGACUGCCAAACAAUCCUGCAAUAUGUGGCCUUUUGUGGCAGCUAAAUGGUAAAAGCCCUUUUUUGCUUCUUUUUUUUUUUUUUUAAAUUAAACUAAAAAUGAGAUUCAGAUUCCAAUUAGACACUUGUAGUAAUGUAAUUGUAGAAUAUAACAACUAUUAUAAGUUAACCCUUUUAAAGAUCACAAAAAAUCAUAGAUGUUUUUUUUAAUUUUUUACAAACACUAUUUAAUGAAUCUCAGCAUUUUAAAUAUUUUUCCUUUUUUUUUAGAUUUCAGAUAAAUAAUUAUCCUUUCAUUGAUUUUUUUAAAGUAACACUACUUUUUUUUCUUCAGUUUUAACUGAUCUGCUCAUAUUUCAUUCCUUUGUUACUUGAUAAAUCUGUCACAAAACUUGUUGUGUAGCUGGAUUCCCCCCUCCCCUUAUUAUUUAUAUUUCUGUAAUUUAAGAAAAUGGGGUAAUAUCUGUAAUGUGAUCAUCUCAAAUCAGACUUGCCCUUUUUGUAAAUUGGAUCAAAUCCAUUUUUAUCACUAAAGUAUUUAUUAGCAAAACCGAUGAGACAUUGUAUAUGCAAUAUAUAUAUAUAAUUAUAUAUAUAUUGUGUGUAUAUACAAAUAUAUAACUAUUGUAUUGUAUGUUUUAUAGAUUAAGCAAGUUUGUGAGAACACGUCUUUAAGGCAAGUUAAUGUAAAACUUUGUAAGUUGUUAUCACGGUGCUUUCUGUCUAUUGAUUGUUUCGUAAAACUAAGACCGCUUCUAAAUAAUCAUGUAACUUGUAAAGAAAAAACAAUACAUUCACUGUUUCAUAGGAGGCAUUAACCCCUAAUCGGAACAAAGUGUUUGGCUAUUGAUUGCUGCUGGAAGGAUAAAUAGACAUGAUUAUGCAGGCGUUAAUCUCACUAUAUUUAAACCUUUCUUGGGACCUGAUAAAAAAAACUCACCGGCAUGGAGAGAAAUCACGCUAAUUCUUUGGCAGCUUUUUUUUAGCAUAAUAUCACAAGAUAUUUGUUUCUCCUUCACAUCCUGAACCCAGCAUAGCAAGAUAAACAGCUCCCAUGCAACAACUCUUUACUAAACAGACAUUAGAUCAAUGGGCCCUUGAUCUCUACCUGGGAAAAUUGCAUUUUUCCUUUAUAUGCAGUAUCAUUGUUCUGCCCCUUUUUACUGUUUUUAAAUUCCUUGCUGUGUUUCAAAGAAGUUAAAGGGACUUAAAGCCAAAAUUAAAACAGAGAUUUUUCAAUUUAUUUACAUUUUUAGAUUUACUUAGUUCUCUUGGUACCCAUUGUUGAAAAGCAUACCUAGGUAGGCUCAGGAUGAACAAUGCACUAUUGAGAACUAGCUGCUUAUUGGCGGGCAGCUGCACUCAUAUGCAGUAUUUUUGGGGUUUCACAAGUUAAAUACUUUAUGCUAGCAACAGUGCAAUAGUAAAAUGCUCUGACAUAUUAGAGCAGGGUUUCUCAACCGCAGCCCUCAAGAACCCCCAACAGUCCUGGUUUUCAUUAUAGCUGAACCAGUGAACAGGUGAAGUAAUCAGCUGAUCAGUAACCAUGUUUACUUACCUGCUCUCUCACCCAUCAGCUGAUUAUUUCACCUGUGCACUGGUUCAGCUAUAAUGAAAACCAGGACUGUUGGGGGUACUUGAAGGCCGCGGUUGAGAAACACUGUAUUAGAAUAUUAUAUUUUUUACAAUUUUUUUUUGUCCCUUUAACCCAAGAUUUUUUUUUCCUUUCAAACAUUGAUCGAAUUGCUUACUACAUAAAGCUUGUUUUUUCAAAUUAUUAAUAGAUUUAACUAUAAAUGUGCAAACAGUUUUCCUCUUUAACCUUCUUUACUGAAAGCGGAAUUUGUUGCACUUCUCACUCUCAGACAAGGGGUUAAAUCUACAACCCAUAGCAAUUGUUGUUUAGAGGUUAAUAAAACAGGUUUAUUCUGAUGCUUCAGUUCAGCAGUUAAAUUCGGCCCAGCUGCUCUUUGUGCAGUUGUUUAAUGUGCGGAUUCCAUUGGUUGUAGUUUAAACAGCUGAGUUUGGAGCCAGUGCCUUGUGUGGCGCACUCCGAGCCAAUAAUCAGGCGAAUGCGUCAUAUGUUCCUACCCAAUUCUCUUGUUUUUUUGUUAUGUUUACCAUAACCUGUGAAGUAAUAUUGGUGCUAAUUUAAAAAUAAUAACCAACACGGUUUCCCUUCAUGCAAUUUCUAAUUUGCACUUUUGGUUAGUAAUUUCUGUAUAUUUAUAUAUUUAUAUAAAGGUGCAUUCCCUUGAUUAAAUUACACUGAUUAUUGCACUCUAAGGAGAGGGCUAGGAAAUAUAUAUAAUAGAGUGUUCAAGCUACAGUCUGAAAAGUGGCAAAAGCUUAAAGAUAUUUUUUUCUAACUCUAUAACAUUCAUAUUAAUUGAUCCAAUUAUUUAUGUAGGAACAUGAAACCAAACAUUUUCUUUCAUUAUUUAUAUAGUGUUAACCAUUUAAAAAAAAAUACAAUUUAAUUCUAUUAUACUUUGUUCUCUCUGUAUCCUUUGUUAAAAAUCACAUAGGUAGGCUUUGUGAGCAUGGUUUUAACUGUGUUAUACAUUGCAAAAGCACUGCUGCCAUCUAGUGGUCAAAAGCAUUAUUGCAAAUUUGCUGCCAAAUAGUUCUCUAGAUACAUGCACAGUACUACUUAUCUACCUAGGUAUUCUCUUCAACAUAGAGUACAAAGAAAAAACGACAUUUGAUAAUAGGAGUAAAUUGGAAACUUUUUUUUUUUUUUUUUAAAUAUUGUGUCGGAAUUAUAAAAGAUAAUGGUUGGGUUCCAUGUCCCUUUAAAGAACUAAGCAGCAUAUUUAUUCUUUACAGUACUAAAGACUUCCCAAAGUAUUACACAAACUAAAUAGUGGUAUAUCACAUUUUAAGUUAUCUAAAUUAUUUUAAACUCAGAUAGCUAUAAAUUAAAUUUAUUGAUGUGUGUUCUAGAGUUUUAAGAAUCCCUUUAAGAAUUAUCAGUAACCCUUUAUAAACAUUUAUCGUUUUAAGGGGUUGCUGAAAAAGGUAAAAUACAGUGCCCUGAUAUCUAUUUUUCCCUAUUCACAUUUUAUAUAUAUUUUACCUUUUGUCCAGCUAUGUUCUCAUCCAAACAACAGUAAUACAUUUUUUAUUUUUUAAUCAGGAAAGAAUAAUAUUUGAUAGUCUAUUUGAGUGGAAUUAUACAGUGAGGGGUAAAAAUGCAAGUAAAUGUACCUUUAUCUAUUUUCUGUCCUUUUUUAAUGUAUUUUUUUUGUAUUUGCUUUGGCUUUUGCCAACUUUUUAUUUUCUUUUAUGGAAAAAUUAAAAAAAAAAUGUACCCAUUAAUUUAACUUCCCUGUCACUAAAAUGCUUUAUAGAAAAUCCUAAAUUAUUGUUGACUCUAUUUUAGUCUUGUAGUAUUUUUAUUGUAUUAGGCAACAAAUUGGGAAACAAAUAAAACAUUAUUUACUUGCACUGUG